AAACGGUUUCAGCUCGUGGACGCGAGAUCCGUGGGUCGAUUCAGAGGAAUCGAACCCGAACCGCGUGACAAUACAGAACCGGGUCACAUCCCUGGUUCUGUCAGCAUGCCAUUCCCGGGCUUUCUGUCCCAGUCCGGAGAGGAGAAAGAUCCGGAUCAGCUCCGGGAGAUGUUCCGGAAGGCUGGCGUCGACCUGUCGCGACCCCUCUGCGCGACCUGCGGGUCAGGGGUCACGGCGUGUCACGUGGCCCUGGCUGCCUUCCUGUGCGGACAGGAAGAGGUGGCGAUCUACGACGGGGCGUGGUCAGAGUGGUAUACCAGAGCCACGCCCGAACAUGUGAUCUCUGAGGGGCGGGGCAAGCAUCUGUGAACCGGACCGUCAACCAGGCCCGCAGCGGGGAGGCGAAUCACAGACUCCCGUCGCACAGCAGUGUGAUCCAGUCCAGGUUUUACUGCUACCAGCUUGAUCAGCCCCCAGUGUGUCUAGCUAACAAGCUCAGGUGUGUCUUAUUAUUAAACUCCUCGUGAAACCAGGACUGGAUCACACUGCUGUGCAGCGGGAGUCUGAUUCCCAGCCCUGUAGAUAGACUUUGGUUGAAGGAGGUUUGUAGCUGAUUAUAUAGUGAAGAGAGCUACAGGAUAUUGCUGGGAACUGUGGGAUAUUUAGACAGAGAGAUCAGGGAUGGGAAUCAGACUCCUAUCGCACAGCAGUGUGAUCCAGUCCAGGUUUUACUGCUACCAGCUUGAUCAGCCCCCAGUGUGUCUAGCUAACAAGCUCAGGUGUGUCUUAUUAUUAAACUCCUAGUGAAACCAGGACUGGAUCACACUGCUGUGCAGCAGGAGUCUGAUUCCCAGCCCUGAAUCUAUAACACCAGAGAUGGCAUGGAUUCCAGCAUAGAAUUUUUUUGAAAAUGACGGGGUUAGAUUCAAAAUUAUAUUUUGUUAAAAUGAUUAUUUGGGGGAAUAGAGGGAAGUCAAAAGUAAUAUUGUAAACAUAAUAAAAAAUACAUGAUUUUUAUUGUU